UCUCUCCUGCCUAACCAAUACUGAAUUACUGUGUUGCAGGGAAAAGGACUUGGAAGCCAAAUUCAUUAUUCAAAUGGAGAAAAGCAAAACGACCAUCACAAACUUAAAGAUACCAGAAGGUGGGACUGGGGACUCGGGAAGAGAACGGACCAAGACCUUCACCUACGACUUUUCUUUUUAUUCUGCUGAUACAGAAAGUCCUGAUUAUGUUUCUCAAGAAAUGGUUUUCAAAACCCUUGGCACAGAUGUCGUGAAGUCUGCGUUUGAAGGUUAUAAUGCUUGUGUCUUUGCAUACGGGCAGACCGGAUCAGGAAAGUCAUACACUAUGAUGGGAGACUCUGGUGACUCUGGCUUAAUACCCCGGAUCUGUGAAGGGCUCUUCAGUCAGAUAAACGAAACCACCAGAUGGGAUGAGGCGUCUUUUCGAACUGAAGUCAGCUACUUAGAAAUUUAUAAUGAACGUGUGAGAGAUCUACUUAGACGGAAGUCAUCCAAAACCUUCAAUCUAAGAGUCCGUGAGCAUCCAAAAGAGGGGCCUUAUGUGGAAGAUUUAUCCAAACAUUUAGUGCAGAAUUAUGGUGAUGUUGAAGAGCUUAUGGACGCAGGAAACAUCAACCGGACCACCGCCGCCACGGGGAUGAAUGACGUCAGCAGCCGGUCUCACGCCAUCUUCACCAUCAAGUUCACGCAGGCAAAAUUUGAUUCUGAAAUGCCGUCUGAAACCGUGAGUAAGAUCCACUUGGUCGACCUCGCGGGCAGCGAGCGGGCGGACGCCACUGGCGCCACGGGGGCCCGGCUGAAGGAAGGGGGCAACAUCAACAAGUCCCUCGUGACGCUGGGCAACGUCAUUUCUGCCUUAGCUGAUUUAUCUCAGGACGCAGCAAACCCUCUUGUAAAGAAGAAGCAAGUUUUCGUGCCUUACAGGGAUUCUGUUUUGACUUGGCUGUUGAAAGACAGCCUCGGUGGAAACUCUAAAACAAUCAUGAUAGCCACCAUUUCACCUGCUGAUGUCAAUUACGGAGAAACCCUAAGUACUCUUCGCUAUGCAAAUAGAGCCAAAAACAUCAUCAACAAGCCUACCAUUAAUGAGGACGCCAACGUCAAGCUCAUCCGUGAACUGCGAGCCGAAAUAGCCAGGCUGAAGACGCUGCUUGCCCAGGGGAAUCAGAUUGCCCUCUUGGACUCCCCCACAGCCUUAAGUAUGGAGGAGAAGCUUCAGCAGAACGAAGCCAGAGUUCAAGAAUUGACCAAGGAAUGGACAAAUAAGUGGAACGAAACCCAAAAUAUUUUGAAAGAACAGACUCUGGCCCUAAGGAAGGAAGGGAUUGGGGUUGUUUUGGACUCCGAGCUGCCCCAUCUGAUCGGCAUAUAUGAUGACCUCCUGAGCACUGGCAUGAUCCUGUAUCACUUGAAGGAAGGUCAGACACAUGUCGGCAGAGAAGAUGCUUCGACAGAACAAGAUAUUGUUCUUCACGGCCUCGACUUGGAGAGUGAGCACUGCAUCUUUGAGAACGUUGGGGGUACGGUGACCCUGAUCCCCCUGAGUGGGUCCCAGUGCUCUGUGAACGGCGUUCAGAUCGUGGAGGCCACACACCUCAGUCAAGGCGCCAUGAUCCUCUUGGGAAGAACCAACAUGUUUCGUUUUAACCACCCAAAGGAGGCCGCCAAGCUCAGGGAGAAGAGGAAGAGCGGCCUUCUGCCCUCCCUCAGCUUGUCCAUGAGCGACCUGUCCAAGUCCCGUGAGAACCUCUCCGCCGUCAUGCUGUACAACCCAGGACUUGAAUUUGAGCGGCAGCAGCGUGAAGAGCUUGAGAAAUUAGAAAGUAAAAGAAAACUCAUAGAAGAGAUGGAGGAGAAGCAGAAGUCCGACAAGGCGGCGCUGGAGCGGAUGCAGCAGGAGGUGGAGACGCAGCGCCAGGAGACGGAGAUGGCGCAGCGGCAGAUCCGCAAGCAGGAGGAGAGCCUCAAACGGCGCAGCUCGCACCUGGAGAGCACGCUCAAGGACCUGCUGGCCGAGAAGGAGCGCUUCGAGGAGGCGAGGCAGCGGGAGCAGCAGGAGACGGAGCUGCAGAAGAGGAAGCAGGAGGAGGAACGCUUCCUGCGUGUCCAGGAGGAGCUCCAGCGCCUGCAGGAACUCAACAGCCACGAGAAGGCCGAGAAGGUUCAGAUAUUUCAGGAGCUGGAGCGACUCAAGAGGGAAAAGGAGGAGCAGUACGCCAAGCUGGAGCGGGAGAAGCAGCGGCUGGAGGAGCAGGAGCAGGAGCAGGUCCUGCGCGUGGCGCAGCUGGAGGCGCAGCUCCACGCGAAGCAGCAGCUACUGCGGCCGCCGCGGUGCGGGGAGGCGCAGCGCGCAGCCGAGGAGCGCCGGCACCUAGAGGGCAUCCGCGCCGCCCUCCUGCGCGCCAGGGAGGCCGGGGCCGAGGGGGGUGGCGACGGCCCGGAGCUCGAGCAGGUGCAGCUGCGGUUCUUAGAGUUCAAGCGGAGGCAGCUGGCCACGCUGGCCAACCUGGAGAAGGACCUGGUGCAGCAGAAGGACCUCCUGAAACGGGAGGUGGAGGAGGACCAGGAAAUCCUCCGCGAGCGCUUACCAUCUGGCACCCAGGAAGAAUUGAGGGGGUCGGAAAAGGAGGAGGAGGGUGGCACGGCUGUCCUCUGGGCUGCCGGAGCGGUGGAGCGGCCCGGGCCGGCGGAGGGCAGGCUGCAGUGUAAGAAGCGUCAGCUCGAGGACCUCCUGCAGCAGCAUUUGCCUAGGCUGUCGGAGGAGAAGCAGAGAGUCCGUGAGAUCCUCGACCGAGGCCCUCUCGGCCUGGACAACACUCUGUACCUAGUGGAGAAAGAGAUGGAAGAAAAGGAAGAACAGCUCGCGCAGUACCAGGCCAGUGCCAGCCAGCUGCAGAAGCUGCAGGCCACCUUCGAGUUCACGGCCCACGUGGCCCGGCAGGAGGAGAAGGUGAGGCGGAAGGAGAAGGAGAUCCUGGAGUCCCGAGAGCAGCAGCAGCGCGAGGCGCUGGAGCGCGCGGUGGCCCGGCUGGAGAGGAGGCACUCCGCGCUGCAGAGGCGCUGCGCCCGGGCCGCUGGCGGCGAGCAGGCCGGGCAGGAAGCCCUGGAGAAGGAUCGGGAGAGGUUAGAACAUGAAAUCCAGCAGUUGAAGCUGAAGAUCUGUGAGGUCGAUGGUGUUCAAAAAGGGCAUCGUGGGACCUUAGAGGGAAAGCCUGCUGCUUCCAGCUUCCCAUCCAGUGCAGAAAAAUCUCACCCGGUCCCUCUGAUGGAUGCGAGGAUCAGUGCGUACAUUGAGGAGGAGGUGCAGAGACGCCUGCAGGACCUGCAGCGUGUGGUCGGUGACGGCAGCAGUGAACCUGCGGACACCGUGAAGGAUAAUGAGAAACUCCACAAUGGCACCAUUCAACGUAAGCUAAAAUAUGAGAAGAGCUGUCCUGCCCCAUUGCCGCCCAGAGACGUCACUGAUGCCCCCGGCCGAGAGGAGAGGGGGGAGGUGGACCAGAACCGCCACGGGAGCCUGCCCAUCACCUGGAGCAUCCCCGGUCCCUCUGCCUGCCGCUCAGCGCCAGGCUGGGGAGCAAACCAGUGGGGGUCUCGGCCCGCAGAGCACGAGCCGUCACAUAGCAGCAGUUGUAACAGAGGCGACUCUCAACCAGAAAGCCCUGAUCUCACUGAAACCUCUCCUCUUAGCGAAAGCAGCAUCCGCGGCGCGCGACAUUCUCAUGGUGAGUCAGAAAACCUCAGCGAGCCGACGAGUCCUCAAGGUGGACCCAGCCCGGGGCUCACGUCCAGCUGGACUUGGCUGCAGCAUACAUCCCAGGAAGUGUCCGUGGACGGCAGGGGCGAGCAGACCUGGCGGAGCCAGCUCCUCUGCUUCGUUCUCUCUGAUAGGGUCCCCCGGGCCAGUGUCCCCCCAGCGGCAUUGGCCUCCAAGCUCCACUGGGAGGAGGCAGCAGCCCGAGCGGUGAGCUCUCCGGAGUCCCUGAUGACUGUUGAGCCAGAGGGAAGCCGUGGGUUGGGGUUCGUUUACCAGUGGGUCUCAGACCUUUACAAAGACACCAGCGGCCACCUGCUGCGGGCAGGUGCAGAGGCUUUCGGCCAAGCCCGGCUCGUGGGCAGCCUGUGUGACCCCAGCUGGCUGGCCUCGCAGGCAGCGACCUUCCUCACGAGGCUGCCGAUUCUGAAGCUCUCACCCCUGCACAGGCUCCUGGAGAUGGGUGGGGCAGCAGCAGAAGCGCUUUUUCUCCACACGGAAGCUCAGGCUGGCAGCAGGGACGAGGCAGGGGCCGUGGGGCGGGCGGGGAGCCUGGCGCCCUACCGAGCCCUGGGCCGGCCUGCUGGCCCCGCAGCCACUGAGUUCUCAGGCUCCUCACUGGGCUCUGUCUCCUGCCUGGACCUGGAAGGUGCCAGAAGGUGCUCUGUGUUUAAGCAGACCCUUGUGCGAUUCCCAGACCAAAUGCUGAAACUUCAAGAAUGCCCCUUCACAGACUUCCUUGAGCUGGUGGCCGGUUCCCUACCAGAACUCUGGGACAGCACGGAUGUACCCCGAGCCAUGUACUGGCUGGCCGUGGCCAACUGCGCAGAGCCGGCGCCCCAGCCUGCGUGCUUGCUCCUGUUCAGCUCUGCCCUGUACGCCCUGGUUCUGGACCCCCUGGGCUCUGUGGGCGUGUUUCACGCCCUGCCCCUCUCUGGGCUCCGGGAGAUUGAGGUUGGCUUCGGUGGGCAGAGCGUUCGGCUCCUGGGCUCUACAGAGAGUCUGCUGCUCACUGUGUUUCCUUACAACAAGAACCUCUGCCAGCAGAUAUGCCGGGAACUCCUGUGUGUCCUUGCGUCUGCGUCUGAGGCCGCUGCCUGCGCCGAGCAUCCCUUGUUUCGGGAAGAUCUGGUCCAGCUCUCCCUUGACUGGAAGGCAGAAAUCCCUGACUUAAUUUUGGCAAAUGGAGUCCGGUUAUCAUCCAGAUUCCAGAAUAUCCUGGUGGACCUGAUUUACUUCCUUCACGGCAACCUGGACGCCGGCGCCCCGUCUCUGGCAGAGGCUCAGCUCUUGCUCUACACGACGGUCAGAGUUGAGGGUGACUCUGGCCAAGGCCCCUGCCAGUCGCUCGUCCUUCUGAACACUCACAUGGCCCUGGUGAGGGAAGACCGCGUGUUCCAUCCUCGCAGCCCUGCUCUGAGCUCUCCACCCCCAGGAACACGGUUUGAUGUGGUCAGAUGCCGAGCCUUAAGUGAAUUCAGGUGCCUCGUCGUUCCAGAGACAAAGACAUCAUCCACCCUCGAACUCGUCUUCCUCCAAAAACUCAGACACCAGUCAGAUUCAGGAAGCGGUGCUUCCCGGCGCCCUCAGGAAGCCCGAAAGGUUCAGCCGUGCACCAGCACCUUGGAUCUGCAGGGCAGCCAGGAUGUGGUCCCUGAGGUCUGGAAACUGACCUUCAACUCUCGGGACGAGGCUUUGUGGCUGACCUCACACUUGACGAGGCUCUAGGGAGGAGCCUCGUAGCAGGACUUUGCAGGGUUUCUUAGGCUGUUCAUAGAAUAAACACGAUGAAAACCGUCCAGGGCUAUGAAUAGCUCAGUGUGGCUAAUUGAUUUGAAACUGGAAAAAUGCAGACCUCUCUAAAUGGGAAAUGUAAAAAUUUUAAAUGUCUCCUCUGAAAUAAACAGUAGCUGAGCACUGAUAGAAUAGCUCUGUCACCACCACGCCUCACUUUCCUGAACGUCAGCCCUGUGAAUCG